CUUACUACCUUACCAGUUUCUUUUACCACUUCACUCUCCCGCUAUCUCAAACAAUGGAUCUUAGAAGCGCAUUUGCGGUUGCUUUGAUUGCUAUUGUGGUGACCGCUGUCGCUGCUCAAACUCCGGCAGUCGCGCCUGCUAAAUCUCCGCCGGCAGCGACAACUCCUGCUACUGCUCCCGUGAGUAAGCCUAAAUCACCGGCUCCCACGGCUGCCCCUACCACUUCUCCAUCAACUUCUUCACCACCGGCUGCGGCGGUUCCAGCUUCAUCUAAAUCUGCUCCGGCUUCUUCUCCUCUGGCUGCUACUCCAGUGAGUUCGGCACCUGCUUCUUCUCCUCCGGCUGCUCCUCCAGUGAGUUCGCCACCGCCUCCGGUACAUGUAAGUUCUCCUCCUACCAAAUCACCUCCCGUUGCUGCACCGAGUCCUCCUCCAGAGAGUUCGGCCUCACCUCCGGCUCCUGUUGUGGCACCGACUACUGCUCAGGUUCCGGCACCAGCUCCAAGCAAGAAAUCUAAGAAACACAAUGCGCCCGCUCCUUCUCCCGAUUUGCUCGGAUCUCCUGCAACACCAACUGGCGCUCCUGGACCUAGCCUCGAAGCUUCUUCUCCCGGGCCUUCGGUUGCUGCCGAUCAGAGUGGAGCAGAGACAAUGAAGAACAUAAAGAAGAUUGGCGGGUUGGCAUUGGGUUGGGCAACCAUUGCUCUGGUGCUCUAGACUAGAUUUCACCACAUUCAACAUUUGCUUUGUAAUUCCUUAGCGUAAUGAUAGUUUGACUUCGACAGGCUGAGACUGCAGUUUUUCUUUAGUGUUUUCUGGACAAUUCGUUUGGUAUUUUGGCUUUAGGACAUAUGCUUUUCAUCAUUUA